UGAAAGGAUGUGGACGGAGAGAAUAUAGAUCGAUUUAUGUAUGAUCAAUAUUACAAGGUCUUACAAGGACAAGCACUUGUUGCGACGACUAAAAUUAUUAAAAACAAGUGCUACUAAGUGUUAGAUUUAUUUUCGCUAAUCUUGCGCAUUUAGAUUUUAUCACGCAAGUUUCACUGUAUCUGUUUGUAAGUUGUCAUCGACGAAUCCAGAACAGAUAGAAGAAGUCAGUCAGUGGGGGAUCAAAGAGUACUUGACACAAGUCAAUUAUUUGAUAGUUCUGUCAUUAAAUUCGUAUGCUUGAUGUUAUUUUUUUAAGGUGCGUGUGUUUGUAGGUAAUUGUGAUUUCGAAAAGUGGUACUUCUUACAUAAUUUGCUAAGAGCGGCAUACGCCUGAUGAAAGUAGAUCCACCGAUCAUCUGAUUGACCAUUUUGAAAGCAACAACCUAUUCACUGACUGUCAAUCCAUUCGCAGAACAGUGAUCUCGACUAAAUAAACAUGAGUAAGGAAGAGUCUGGUUUAGCUCAUAUCGAUGUGGAAAAAGGACUUUCUCCUAUCGAUCUAGUCGAAGAAUGGAUGAAAGAAUACCAGGAGUACUCACAUACAAAUAAGGUACUGCUGAACCUUGCUACAGCUUCUAGGGAAGGUGAGGUUUCAAACCGAAACGUUGUUCUGCGUGAACUAAGCGACGAUGGUUUCACAUUUUUGACAGUGAAAAAUGGCAAAAAGGUCCAACAUAUGACGGAAAAUCCAAAUGUGUCCGCGUGUAUUUACUUCAGCUAUAUCAAAGACGGAAAGCACGUUGAGAGACAGGUGCGAGUUGAAGGGGUUGCAGAAAAACUGAACAAAGAAAAGUGCAAGGACUACUAUGAAAGAGAACCGGUUUAUGCCAAAAUACGGAGCAUAAUUUGUGAUCAAGGUGAAAAGAUAGAAUGGGACGAUUUAAAGAAGAAACAUGACGAAAUACUACGGAAAUACAAAGAAGGAGCAGUUGGACUAGAAAUGCCCGAGCAUGUGGUUGCCUACUUAAUUCGCCCACAAAAAUUGGAUCUGUACUACGCUUAUGACAACUUCAUCGCUGACAGAAUCGUAUUUUUCAAAGACAAAAAUGCGGAAUGGAAACUCGAAAGAGUAGCAACAUAACACCUCAAUUCUUCAGUAAUACCUAACAUGUAACUUCUAUCCCCUUAUACACAAAAUUGUUGAAUUGAAAUAUAAUCUUUUUUACUCUUUUA